GGGCGCUCGGCGGGGCGGUGCUGCCCUCAGCCGGGGAGAAGGAGUUAUACAACCGCUCGGCGUUGCAUAAGCGCCUGAGCCCGGAAUAGUCUCAGCUGCCUGCUGGCGCGCUCCGGGAGUGGGGCCAGCGCCGCCCUGCUCUCCUCCCCCUGACCCCGACGCGCUCGCUCUCCUCGGGGGACGCCCCAGACGGAGCUGGCGGCGCGCCUUCCCCCCCCGCGCAGCCCUUUCAUAACGGCGUCCGUCCCAGCCCUGGCGGCCACCAGGCUCCUUGAGCGAGGCGCAGCGGCGACGAGGGGCCGCCUCCCCGCUUUCCUGCUCCUCGCGGAGGCGCUGAACUCGACGAUGAAGCCAUAGCAGGAGCGCUCGCCGCCACCACCACACCCACCCAGUCAGCCAACCCGGCGAAAAUGGAGCUGGGGGCCGCGCUCGGGCAGCAGGCGCAGCAGCGCGCCCACCACCACCAGGCCCCGUCGGCGGCAGGAGGAGGAGGCGGCGGCGGCGGCGGUCCCUGCGCGGAGAUGUUGCAAGUGGCCGAGGAGGCUUUCCGAGGCGGGCAGUUCGCCCUGGCGGCGGAGAUCCUGAGCUCGCAGCUGGCCGAGCUGGCGCAGCCCGAGCGGGGCCUUUGCCUCCGCCAAGGGGACGCGCUGGCCCGCGCGGGGCGCAUGGCCGAGGCUUUGGAUGCUUACAGCGCGGCCGCCAGACUGGCCCGCCUGAGGCCCGAGGAGCUGCGCGAACUGGCCGAGAGCUUCGCGCUCAGCCUCCGCGACAAAGAGCUGCGCCUGCCGCCGUGGCGGGGGCCUGGCGGCGGCGGAGCAGCUCCGGAGGGAGACGACCCGCUGGCGGACCCGCCUUGCUGCCGACCCCCGGAGCCGCUGGGCUGCCCGGUGUGCCGCCGCCUGCUCUGCGAGCCGGUGACUUUGCACUGCGGGCACACCCACUGCAAGCGCUGCGCCCAGAGCGGCGGAGGGGAGUGCGCCCGCUGCGCCGCCCGGCGCCCAGCCUCUGCCUCUGCCCCGGUCGCGCAGCCCCCCGCCGGUCCCCGCGUCAACGUGGUCCUGGGCAGCCUGCUGGAGAAGUGGUUCCCGGCCGAGAGCAAAGCGCGCCGGCUGGGCGCCGAAGGGGACGCGCUGAAGGAGAGGCAGGAGCUGGCGCCCGCCCUGGAGAAGUACAACCAGGCCCUGGACCUCGGUGAGUGCUCGCCGUCGCACACGCCCGACUCCUCCCCCCAGAAGAAAGCUUCCCUGUCGCCUUUGGAAGCAGCAAGGGCAAAAACCUUGUCAAUAUGCUCGGCGACGCUGCGCCACAACUCCGACCUGGGUUGCUUUGGCUCACAAGGGGAGAAACAGGCCCAGUUGCGUUCCUGAGCUCCCUUCCUUAUGUGGGAAGCGGAUUAGGGAUUUCCCGACGGGGAGAAAGCGCAGUGUAAUGGGGGCCAUUUCCAGGAGUGGGUGUUUCUGCCAACGCUGGGCAGCCAGGCCUUGCCUGAUACAUGGAUGAGAAGGAAUUCGACAAUAAGGGGCCCCUUCUCAACACCUGGGUGGAAAGUGCGUUGUGGCGCUUUCUGCACUGCCUGGUGUUUUUGCAAACUAUAUGUGAAGUGUAGAAAGUGGGAGGAAGUGUGUCACUUUCUAAAAAAAGAAACCCCCCACUAAGCUUGUGCUUCCUGGCUCUGUGCAGUUGGGGAUCCCAAUAUUCUGUUGGGAGGCGCCCCCCUCCCAACUGUUGCAGUUUGUGAAGGAGAACAGGAAUCUCUUCAGUUCUUACAAACUGCUAUGUGAUCGUGCUUGGGCUGUGUGACAGCCCAAUGGUGAAAUGAUUUCUAGGGGUCAGAAGGGUCUGUGACAUAGGCGCAGUUGUGUUUCGGUGCUUGGAAGGCAUGUGUAUUGGGGAAAUAGGCUGUGGGGUGUUGGGUAAAGCGUUAAUUUGACUUCUCAAGUUAUGUGGGAAAUGAAUUCUGUUUAGGUGGGUUCCAGCUGCCUUGCCCAUUCAGUAAAAAAAAACUGGGUUUUUGUUAACAUUGACCAGAAGCAGCCAUGGGGUUUAUUAGAAUGAGGUAAGGUGUGCUCUUGAGGGCUGGCAGUUACAGCCCCAGGAUGCUUCCCAGCUGAAGCCAGGGCAGGGGUGAGAGCAAAUACUGGGAAUAGCCGACAUCGGAACACAUAUUGUAUCUUCUGUGCAUUGCUUUGUGGAGAAUGUUAAGGGCCUUUGCAACUGCGAGAAAUCGAGAUUUUCAUCCGGGAGUUAGAAAAGUUCAUACCCCACAUGGUUUUCUCAAUCCUGGUGCCUUGUGGCUCAGAUUUCUGCUCAAGAGCUUCAAAUUAGCUUUCCUUUUCUCUGGCACAACUAAAGCCACUUAUUUUGUAUUGGUUUCUGACUUCCAUUUGAUGGGUCAGGCACCAGUAAGAAAACAGCUUUAUGGGAAAUAAUUCUAGAGAGUUUUAAAAUUGUAUAAUAUUGAAAGUUGAAACAUAAUUGUAGCCUAGGCGUGGCAAUGCUUUGUGACAUUGUCAACACAGAGGUUUGUGGGGCUUUGAGCAUCUUGGAAACUCAGAAAGGGUGUAAGGUGUGCACCUGAAGAUACGAGCAAAUCCUUCCUCGUCACAUACCUUUUGUAAUGCAGCAAUACAUCUUCAUCUACUGCCCUGCCAGUACCCAGUAGGUACAUACUAUUUUCACUGCCAGCCUUUUGACUAGCCCCAAAAUAGCUGGGAAUAUAUAAGAUGACACUUCCUGCUUGGCAGAAUCUCUAAAACAUGUGCAGUGUGGGUUAAGGUCAUUGCCAAUCGUCUUUACCCAAACCUUGGGAAAUUAAUAAAUGACUUACUUCUCUUACCUCAGGGACUUCCUUACAAUUCAAAGCAAAACUUGCAGCAGCUACUGUAUCCACAGAACUUAUGGAUACGCAGUUGGGCACCCUGCAGAUUAUCUGUGUGUUGUUCAUUUGUUCAUGGUGGGAGAUGGAGGACUUAUUUCUUAAAAAAACAAAGAAUGUACAACGUUCCAUUUUCAUCUACAAAUUCGCGAGAAUUUGAGAAUAGAUACUGUGUACUUGCUGGGAGCAACAUCAGAAUUGCAUAAUAUUGUUUCCCUGAAUACUCAUCAUCACAACACAGUGUAAGAGAGUGUGACUUCUCUAAACACAUUCGGAACCUUAUACCUAAGAUGUUGACAUGCUUACUGCAAGACCACCAGAACUGAUUGCAUAAUAUAGAUGGAUUUCAAAACCUUUUUGGUAUCCGUGUGACUAAGAAAAGGAAGCCAUGUCUCCAGAAACAUCAAAUAGUGCAUUUGGACAGGCAGAGUGAAAGUUUCACUGUUGCUGGUUGUGAUUAAAAUUUCAGAAAUACGGGUGUGUGUGAAUUAAUGCAUGAAUCAGAGAGUCUGUAACACUCUGGAAUGCCAUGGUUCCAGGUUUGGCUGCGUAUGCUUGAUGUAGGGUAAAUUUUCACAGGUCAUCCUGACCUUUUGAAAUGCCAGUAGGGAGGCGUACUGUUGGUUCUCUUCUGAUAGGCUGUUUCAAAGUUUUUGGAGCUGGGCCUUUCUUGGUGAUUUCAAUAGGCUGGGAACAGAGCUUGUAUAUAGUGAAAGAUGUUUUUUAUUUUGCUGUCAUUACAUGUAACUGUUUAGACAUAAACAAAAACCUUCCCAAGUAGAGCAGGUGUUGGCAACCUUCGGCUCUGCAGAUGUUGCUGACCUCUGCAGCUCCCAUCAUUCUUGACCAUUGGCUGUGCUUAUUGGGACCAGUGGGUGUUGUAGUUCAGCAACAUUUGCACGGCCAGGGGCUUCCCAUACCUGCAAUAAUAGAGAGAACCAUUGGAGCUGAAAUUGUCUUCCUUUUGUCAUGUCAAGCAGCAAAACUACAUUUGUUUCAUGCCUCAUUGUUUCAUUGGAAAACACAUUCUGAUACGAGGAAAGUUUCUGUAAUUGUACGUCUCUGCAUCUUGAAAUAUCUCUAUAUUGUGAUACCGAAGUGCCCUCUUUUUAACCCAGUAAAACAAAUCAGUGGAAUUGAUCUACCUAGCUGUGCCUCCUUUGUCAUUGUCAACUUAACCAUGGAGAAGUUCUUUCUCUCGCAAGCGUUAAAGCAAUGCUGCAUUUUUCAGUUUUGUAAUGAGUUGCGGGGUUGUUUUUUAAGAAUAAAACUUUUGGGAUAAAUUUUUGGAAAGCACUUGGUUAAAACCUAACACAGAUCAUUAUUGCCCAAAUAGAAUUUCCCCUGGGAAAGCUUGAUUUCUGUGGUCCUUGGGCCCAUCUCAUACUGGAAAGCAUUUAACUCAGGUUUAGGGAGAUUUUUAAAAACGCAUCUUCUCACUCUCCCAGUGCUUAUAUGGAUAAUGAAACAGUACCUAAAUACUAGCAAUCAUAAUGCACAAUGGGUUGUUAAAGGGUUUUAAAAUAUUAAUACUUAAUAUUUAAAAUAUUAAUAUUUAAAAUUUUAAAAUAUUGUUUUGCCAAAGGUUUGAUAACACACCUAAGGCUACUUGGAUCUGUAUUUUUAAUAUUGAGCGGAGGGUUCAGCACAUAAAUGCAGCUGAAAGUUUGAUUCUGGAACUACGAAAAUGCUUUGGCUAUUUUAGUAGUUCUUACUGUAGUUUGAGGCCGCGCUAGAAGUAUGGAGCCAUAACAGUUUUUUUUGCUAGAAGUGUUUGUAAAAGUAAGGAAGAUACCAGAGCUUGCCAGGGAACUGGCUCUGGCAGGGAAAAUGCUCACACACCCCUUAUUUUCCUGUGUAUAGAUCAUGUAUAGUCUGUAAAAUGACUCAACUGUAAAAUGACUCAACACAUUCAAAGUUCGGAAGAGAUCAUAAAAUUAUAUAAAUGUAGAGCUGGAAGGGACCCCAAGGUUCAUCUAGUCCAUCUGAUUCUCUUCCUCAGCUUCCUGCCCCUCCCUCCCUCCCUCCCUCCCUCCCUCCAGAAUUUCUUUCUCAAACCUGAGCAAGCCCACAGGGGAACCUAUCUUCUGCUUCACUGGGGAGAGCCACACAGCCUCUUCAGAUUUUCCAACUCUCCCUUUCCCUGCAGUGUGUUGUAAAUGAGCCUUCUACGUUUCCAAGCACAAUUCAAAGUGUUGGUGCUGACCUUUAAAGCCCUAAACGGCCUCGGUCCUAUAUACCUGAAGGAGCGUCUCCACCCCCAUUGUUCAGCCCGGACACUGAGAUCCAGCGCUGAGGGCCUUCUGGCGGUUCCCUCAUUGCGAGAAGUGAGGUUACAGGGAACCAGACAGAGGGCCUUCUCGGUAGUGGCACCCACCCUGUGGAACAGCCUCCCUUCAGAUGUGAAGGAAAUAAGCAGCUAUCUUCUCUUUAAAAGACAUCUGAAGGCAGCCCUGUUUAGGGAAGUUUUUAAUAUUUAAUUCUGUAUUGUUUUUAACACUUGAUUGGAAGCCGCCCAGAGUGGCUGGGGAAACUCAGCCAGAUGGGCGGGGUAUAAAUAAUAAAUUAUUAUUAUUAUUAUUAUUAUUAUUAUUAUUAUUAUUAUUUAUUCAGCUUCAUGGGUAAAGGGGAAGGAAGGCUGCCAUCACUUUUUCAUCUUCCUCUCUGGCUGAAGCCCAGACAUGCUGGGAGCUUCAAUGGCACCCCUCUGGCAGCUUCACCCAGAGGUUCAUGGGUAAAGGGGAAGGAAGGCUGCCAUCACUUUUUCAUCUUCCUCUCUGGCUGAAGCCCAGACAAGCUGGGAGCCUCAAUGGUACCCCUCUGGCAGCUUCACCCAGAGGUUUAAACCCUGGCUAGACACCCCACCCCACCCCUAGCUACGGCUCUGCAGAGACCAUCAUCAGUAGGAACGACCACAAAAUUGCAGUUGCCUUCCAAUAGUCGAGUUCUCUUCUGCGAGUAUGUUGAACAAGCUGUAAAUAAGUAUUUGCAAAGGGUAAAGAGGGUAAAACAGGAAGUUAGUCACUGGAACGCCAGUGGGGAAAGAUGGAUUUCAGGGAAGCUGGUGCGAUUUUGACCUCUAACUGAAGUUACGCCUUUCCUAAACAUACGUCAGUUAGACAAGGUGAAUAAGCUCUCUCUCUCUGUGUUACACAGCAUUGCCUAUCGUAAGAUUAGAGCUAUCUUGUGUACAGAAGGUCAGUGACAUACAUAAACAACCUCCUACUACACAUACAUAGCCUAGCUGCAUCACAGACAAGCCUAUACUUUAAAAUGGGCGAGAUAGCAGCCUGGUAAAUGGAACAAAAAGGAAAACAAAGCCUUGCUUAAUCACACUGCAUCAAGUUAUCAACAGUGAAAUGCUUUACUGCCUUGCAGUUUAUGACUCAUCCUGCAGCAUUUCUAGAAAAGCCUUUUCCCUGGUCUGUGACGAAAAGAGUCUUAUGUAAAAUGUGUUGAUGUUUCUACUCUGAGACAAUAGGCAGUCAGAGGCACAUUAGAACUAUUCCUUCACAUUUCUGCGUGGCAAAAGGGUGGUUUGAUCACUAAAAUAACUUGCAGCGGUUUAAAUCAAAGCUGCCAACCUUUGCUGGCUUGUGGGCAACAAAUUGCAAUAUAGAACAAGCCUCAGCCAGCUUAGAUAAGCUAACAAGAAUCAUACAUUUCUUUUUUUCUUUAUUUUGAGGGGCGGGGGGAGCUUUAUGCCAGACUAUAUGCUGGUGGCUAGAUCGGGGUUCCACACAUUGUGCACAAGCGAAGUGGAGUAUGUCAUCAAGUGUACACUCAACAGGGAGUUGCACUUGGUCUCAGCUUGCUUGACACGUGUACCUGCACGACACCUCUGUGUUUGCAGAGAUACAUCUGUUAUGUUCCCUGCCACCCACCCCAUUACAAAUUUAGGCACACACUUAAAACACAUUAGGAAUACCGUAUUUUCCCCCUAUAGGACGCACUUUUCCCCCUCCAAAAAUGAAGGGGAAAUGUGUGUGCGUCCUAUGGGGCGAAUGCAGGCUUUCGCUGAACCCUGGAGAGCGAGAGGGGGCGGGGGGCACCGACCCCUCUCGCUCUCCAGGCUUCAGGAAGCUACCCGCAAGCCGUGAGAGCCGCGCGACUUCGCACAGCUCUCCCACAGCUUGGGGAGAGCUGCCUGCACCCCGAAGCCUAGGGGCGCGCUGAGCUCAGCGCCCCCCCCCGGCUUCGGGCUUAGUGCAGCUCUCUGCAAGCUGUGGGAGGGCUGCGCGAAGUCGCGCAGCCCUCCCACGGCUAGCGGAGAGCUUGCCUGCACCCAGAAGCUUGGGGCGCGGUGAGCUCAGCACGCCCCAAGCUUCGGGCUUCGCACAGCUCUCCGGUAGCACGGCUAGCGGAUAGCAGCCUGUUCUGGGGGCUGGGGUCAGGGGAAGCUCGGGCUUCCCCCGCCCCAGCCCCGCACCUGGGGGAAAAUAAAUUUAUUUUCUUUAUUUCCCCCCAAAAAAACUAGGUGCGCCCUAUGGGGCGAAAAAUACGGUAAAUCUAGAAAUGCAAUGUAGCACCUGGAAAAGGACCCAAAAUGAAACCUGUAUCAGUGCGCAGAAGCGGUGUCAUUCUUAAUCCUGCUUCUUUGCAAGCUCAGAACACAGGGAAGCCUCUUUAGUUGAAGAAUAGUCCAGUUUUUGGCCUGCUUCAAAAUUCAUUUAAGCAGUACCCAAGGAGUUGGGUCAGCACUCCUUGCGAGCGAUGUGGCAUUGCUUUUGUAGUAACACAAGCAUUUUGUGGGGAAUUGGAAAAAUGCAAGUCUGAGAAAACCAGUGGUGACAGCCCUUUACCAACCAACCAAGUGGUAGUUUAUCGCGAGGUGUGUGGCAAGCUCUUGGCUUGCGUUUCUUUGUGACGGGGGGAGCAGAAGCCUUCCACUUCUACCUUUGGAUUUCAAAACAGGCACAGAAGUGUGGAAUAAAAGUUUUCCCAGCACUUGGCAGGAAAAUGCAAGCUUACUUUGGGGUUACAUGCACCCUGCAUAAGGGUAUUUUUAUUAGCAUUGUACAUGCCUGUACAAGCACCAUAAGGUCUUUCUGUUGCAAAAAGAUUUAAAUACAGCUGGUGAUAAGAGGAUGUUUACCUCCAAGGAUAGUUUCUCCUCCUUUUUGGGGGGCGGGUUCUUCUAAGCCAUACUCCUUGUAAGAAUUCUGUUCUGCUCAAAUCUUCAUCUUAAUAGAAACCAAUGAGGUUAUGAAAGCCCGUUCCCAGGGUUUUGCAUUCAAAGAGAAAAACGUAAAGAGAGGUUAGGGGAAACCAUGCAAGUGUAGUGCUGUUCUGUACUACAGUAUUUUAGUUCUUAAAUUCUUGCAUCCUAUUUGGUGCUGUUUGGACCAUCAAGGUGGAGAGAUCCAGUCCUGGAAAUAAGGACAGGGCUUCACAAAAGGAUAGAAUGAAUAUUGGGGUGAUGAUUUGGUUGCACUGAUCCUAAACAUGCUCUGUGGAAGCUGUGGGGUUUUGCGGGGACAGGGGAUUUGUAGGGGGAAGCAUUAGCCUGAUGGAAUAACCGGAAUUCAGUUCCGUGUAUGACAGGAAACACCAAGGUGAGAAAGGAGACAAGAGGGUUGGAGUAAGCAAAUGAGAAAGUGGAGGUUGUAAAAGAAAUCCAGGUAGGGAUUGCUGGAAAUUAAAGACCAGCAUCUUGAAGAUGAUCUUGGUGCAAUGGGGAACAGUGCAAAAACUAUAGAAAGAGAAAAAUCCUCAUAGCAACAGAGAUUAUCUAAGUUGAGGCAUCCCUAAAUGACUGGCAAGUAGAGAGAGCUUCAGCAACUAGUUGCAUACUGGUUACUAAUGUUUGAACGAGUUCUUAAGUGGGAUUUAGUAGGGUGACUUAGUAAUUCUAGAUCGGGGUCAGCAACCUUUUCAGCCAUGGGCUGGUCCACCGUCCCUCAGACCAUGUGGUCGGCCGGACUAUAUUUUGGGGGGGGAAACAUGAACAAAUUCCUAUGCCCCACAAAUAACCCAGAGAUGUAUUUUAAAUAAAAGCACACAUUCUACUCAUGUAAAAACACGCGGGCCGGAUUGAGAAUUAGACCGCAUCCGGCUUCCGGGCCUUAAGUUGCCUACCCCUGUUCUAGAUUGUUCCAGAAGCACCAGCAGAUCUUUCUUUCUUUUUCUGUCUUUCUGUUUCUUUUCCUGUGUAAUUUGUGACAGGCUACUAUUGUACAGUGAUUUUUUUCUUUGUAGAACUCCUCCCAAAUGGCAUUUCCUUCCUCUAUUAACCUAUAUGUAAUUUUGAGUAAUGUGGGGCACUAAAAAAAAAAGAGAGCCAUUUUUAUUUUAGAAAAAGAGAACAGAAAUGACACCUGAUUGAAGGUAGUUCUUAGAUGCUGGAUUUUAAAAUCCAAAAUGAAUCAAAGAGGGUGGGGGUGGGGAAAUGAUGUAAUGAGAGGGAAAAAAGGACUGAAGCGCAGUAUAACGAGGCUUCUCUUCUCCCCCAACAAUGCUAGACAAGAAAAGAACAGGCCCUGCUUUUAGAAUUUGAAAUAAGAUAAUGCCAGUUCUGCAGGGACACUCCUGGCAUUGUAACUGGCAUGAUUCACAGAAGUUGUUUGAAUGGAUAAAUGUACUAGGAUUGCCUGAUAGUACAAGGGAAAUUGCUGAGGUUUUUUUUUUUUUUUUAAAAAGAUUUUUUUUGCCCAACUUAAAUUGCUAUAAAUAGGCCCCCUGCUAUUAUAUUCCUAGAUAGCUUUUUGUAGCUUGGACCUUCGUUGUGUGUCUCAGCAGGCAUUCCUGUGCCGCAGUAGCAAAUAACUCUGUUUUCUUAGAUUCCACGCCCCGCAACCCAGUUUGGUUUAAGUGUCUCAGUGUGUGAACUACUUUAGGAGGUGACUUUUGACUGUAACUUUGCUUUUAUGUUGUUGACACCGUUAUUUGAGGUAAGAAGAGCACCAAGAGUAGCUAAGGAACAUGCAAAGCCAAAUUUAAUUAAUACCACCCGGAAGCUCUGAAAUACAUUGGACUAAAGGUGCAUGUGUAAUAUAGUUCAGAAGCGACAUUUCCUUUCCUCUCUUCCUGUGUGUUUUUGGGGAAAUGUGUGCGUAGAUUAUGCUCUGUUUGGAGCGCUUGCUAAAAAUAGUAGUGGAGGUAGAGAGGAGGAAAUUAGAGGUGCAAGCAAGUGGUUGGUUUCUUUCUUAAUGUGAACAAAGAGACAUUCAACUCAAUGUACUCUUCACUGGAUUGCCUUGUCGAUUUUGCUCAGAUGUUAAAGGUUGAGCUAAAAUUGGCUGGAUGCUGGGUGUUCAGUGCAGGGUGGUGGUUCUGCAUAAGGUGACUUUCCAAUUUCAGCUGUCAGUUCAUUUUCCUUCUGACAGUAAUAAAUAAACAUUUCCCUGCGUAGUCGAGCACGGUGGUACCCAUAUGGACACUACUAUGUUUUUCCCAUAUAAUGACCUUUUUUUAAUAAAUAAAAAAGGCCAACACAAGCAUGUGGUACGGUGCUAUCUCUGGAGCUCAAAAAACUCUGUUCAGUUUUUUAAAAGCGGAGGGGGGGCGGGGAAAUUGCUGAAAUGUUUUGGAAGGUUGAGCUAUUGUAGCUUCAUGGCUAAAUUUGUGAAUUGGAAAGUCCUUGCUUGAAAUUUCACCUCUGCAAUGAAUUCACCAGGUGGCAAUAUUGCAGCUUUCGCUCUCAGCCCCUUUCAGGAUGGCAAUAGCAAGCCUACCUUGCAGGACUGUGUAACAGUUGAAAUAACACUAUCUAAAUUCUGUGCACUACUAGCAAGGAAGUCAUAACCCUAGCUUAUUCAGUAUUGAACUCUUAUGAUUUUAUGACUACAUGCAGAAGUGGGAAGAAGCUGUCUCUACCAGCUAAUGCCAUGCAAUUUUCUCAGCGUUGCAUUGUGUUAUGUGCCUAAGUUUAAGUCAACCACUAUUGCGCCUUUUCUCUCUCUUCCUCUUCUUCCUGAAUAUGGUCUUUUUCUUCUUCUUUUGUGUUAACUGCUUGGUUCGCUUCCUACAUGUUGCUUCUAAAGCUAGGAACACACUAAAGCUGCAAUCCUACACACACUUUCUUGGAGGUAGAAGUAUAUGGGAUAAAGGAAUGUAAUGUUGGUUUUCUUGAAGGUUUUGUUCCUUUCAGCUCUUGUUAGCUCUCAGCAACUUCGUGACCUCUUUUAAUAUGCCCAUUGCUGGUUUGCACUAAGCUGCCAGCUUCCUGCAGAUCACGUGCAGCUGAAUAAACGGUUUAUUGCAGCUGUUUGGUAAUUAAUACAGAUACAAAAGCAAAACCCCGUGUCAAGCCAUUUGGAAUAGAGUGUUUCAAUUACCAUUGGAAAGAGACUUAUUGUUAAAUACAUGAUAGAGCUGGCAUGUCCCAGAGAUAAUGUGCCCAUCACUGUUGCUGAUAGCAGGAAAAGUUCUGCUACAUUUCCACAUUGUCUAAUUUUUGUCUUCUUUGGUGAUCACUUGUUGUCGAGAAAAAUGUCUUCCAUGAAUAUUGUCUUAACAGUGUGUCCGUAAGGUGACUAUCUUUGUAAUCUUAUAUGAACACGUGUUUUACCUAGGUUAGAGUGAUGGGGAGAUUUAUGUGACCUUGUGUGGUUUUAUUUCAAUCAUUUGUUAGUCAUGGGAAGGUGGGAUAUAAAUGUGUUAAAAUAAAUGCUUGGUAAUUUUCAGUGAUGGCAGGUAUCAAAGCCAUCAAAGCAAGUAUGAUUCAAAGCAAUUUGUUCUACCCAGUGCUUUUUUUCUAAAAAAAAUAUGUUUAGAGGUACUCUCAUUUUGACUCAGGAGAAUCACCAUUUUAUAGUUCAAAUCGGGGAAAAUAAAUACAGUAAAUGGACAAAAGUACAAAGAUUCACAAAAUGUUUAGGGGUAGAAAACCCUCUAGAGCUACCGCAUAAUACAAAUACUGCUUUUUCCAAAAUGGGGAUCCCUUAGGAUUUUGUUCCUUAAGCCCAUGAGUCAGUGUUGUUGUUGUUGUUGUUUUAUUUGCAUUCCACCCAUCUGACCAGGUUGUCCCAGCCACUCUGGGCAGCUUCCAACAGAUACAAAAACAUAAUAAAACAUUACACAUUAAAAAAAAGUCCCUAUACAGGGCUGCCUUCAGAUGUCUUCUAAAAGUCAGAUAGUUGAUUAUUUCCUUGACAUCUGAUGGGAGGGCGUUCCACAGGGCGGGCGCCACUACCGAGAAGGCCCUCUGCCUGGUUCCCUGUAACCUCACAGUGAGGGAAACCACCAGAAGGCCCUCGGAGCUGGACCUAAGCACAUGGAGAUGCUUCUUCAGGUAUAUAGGGCCGAGGUACAAGAACUAACCCCCGGGAACCAUUGGUGGAGGCAGCAUAGUUCAGUGGGUAGAGCAUGUGUAUUGCAUGCAGAUUGUCCCAGGUUCAGCCCCUGCUGUCGCCAGUUAAAGGAAUCAGGGAGCAGGGGAUAGGAAAGACUCCUCUCCCUAUGCCAGCGGAGAGCUGCUGGUAGUCCAAGUAGACAAUGUCAGACCGACAGACAAAUACUUUGACUGGAAUUAUGCAGCUUCCCAGCUGAAGUUAAUGGUGUGGAGUCUUCUUUUCUAGUAGACAGCCUGCGCCAUAUGUUCUCACAUGUUGUUGGGCCAGACACUUUGUUGGCACGCUUCAAAACUGAGGGUUGAAAAAAGCAAAUCACUGUGCCACUGCCCUAUCGUUGCGAAUGGUUUCUGCAGUUUCACGAUUGGGGCAUGGAUGGAAAAUUAUAUUACAGUGGUACCUCAGGUUGCAUACGCUUCAGGUUACAGGCUCCGCUAACCCAGAAAUAGUGCUUCAGGUUAAGAACUUUGCUUCAGGAUAAGAACAGAAAUCGUGCUCCGGUGGCGCAGCAGCAGGAGGCCCAAUUAGCUAAAGUGGUGCUUCAGGUUAAGAAUAGUUUCAGGUUAAGAACGGACCUCCGGAACAAAAUAAGUACUUAACCCGAGGUACCACUGUAUAUUCACAGCGUUUUUAUCUGGCCAUCUCUCCCUUUUCCUCCUUCCUCUUUCUUUUUCACAACAAAACAGAGCAAGGAUAACUGAAAGAGCGUUUUGGGGUUUUUUUUUUGGUUUUCCCUUAAAGAAUUGGUUAAAAUAUAACUCAGAAGCUGGAAGUGCUUAUGUAAGUUUGUUUUUCUUUCCCUAGCUUCCCUUGAUAACGUGUAUGCAAACAUUGUUCACGUGGCAAUGAAAAGAUGUCCCACAUGCCUUUUGGACUACAGGCAUUCACUGAGCCAGCAAGCAUGUUGUGUCUUUUCCUAGGUCUUAGUUCAGGCUUUCGUAAUCUUUUCAGGGUCAGGCCUACAGAUGCUGUCUUCAGCGCUGCUUGUCCAACUGGCUGGAGUAAUCCACUUUGAACAAAAUAUUUAAUUUCUGCUUUAAUACAAGGUAGGUUUAGGUAGACAAUUGGGGGUUUGCCUCUCGCUCAUUCCUCCUCUGCCUCACAAAAUAAUAAUAAUAAUAAUAAUUAGCCUGCCAGAUUUCACAUAAAAAAGAAGUGAUAAUCAGAGCUUAAAAUUUUUUGUUAUACUGCCUCAACGUGACCGAGAAGCAGACAAAUGUGUCUGGUGUUUUAAAACGCGGUUGAUGCAACCUUUAGAAAAAGAACUGAUCAUCCCACUCCUUUUCAAAAGCAUCACAUUUGCCAUCUCUGAAAUCCGCUCUUCCACUGAGUACACGUGCACAGAAGAAAUAUCAUGCAGUGGGAGUUGUGGUUACCUAGAGACUGUCAGUAGCUCUGAUCUUUAUGAAGCUGUAUUGCAUUUUUAUGUUGGUUUAAAAUAAAAUAAAAUUGUACGCAUAUGGCUCAACCGUCAUCUGUUAAAGGUAGCUAGGAAUGUUACCACUGAUUUAAAUGGGAAAUAGAUUCCACACUCGAUGAAUCUGCUACAAUAAUUAGGUAAUGUUUCUAUGAAAAGUGAGAGUAGUAUAUCCCAAAGCCUUGACAUGACUUCAGUGCACCCCAGGUGAAUUUCUUUUAUCUUGCUCACAUAGAAGGUUAGCCAUUUCCUACUGUACUUCCCAUCCUGACUUAAGUGAUAUGCUGUUACUUCUGGACAGACAUGUGCCUUUGUGGAAGCAUUUGGCAGAUAGAGAACAUGUGUGAUAGCUGGCUUUCUAGUUUGCAGCUCCUGGGUAUAAACCUGCACUUCUACUCUUAACGUUUCCCUUUGUUUUGCGAUUAUAAGAUUGUAGCCAGCAUUUAGCAGAAUUUUUAGCAGUUGAGAAAUACUGCUGAAAAAACAUGGUUGUUUCUGGGACAGCAGAAGGUUAAUGUAGGGCAGACAGAAAUGGACUAUACAGAAUGAACUUAGAGAGCAGCUCUGGAAUGACUGUUCUCCUGUUAACAGCAGAGGCUGGAUGUGCAACAUAUAAUUAAAGGACUCCUGAUGAUGCUUUAACCACAAGUAAACACUACAGGUGAAGGAAAUGCAACUGGCCACCUGAUUAUAUAUUACUGAACUAUUUAUUCUUUUCUGGUUACAAAAGACAUUCCAUUAGAGGGGAAGCUUGGGACAGAAUAGGCCUUCCAGUCAGUGUACUGAUUGCCUCUUGGUCUCCCUGAUGGAGCUUGACAGAACAUUGCUGGAUAUGUCCCAGGUUGUGGAUAUGGGGAGACUUCUAUCUCCAUUUGAGACCUCCUUAACUGGUGAGUCUCAACAAACCCUGGAACCCCAUGACAAGUGUGGGCUUUGUCCCAAUAUACCGUAUUUUUCGCCCUAUAGGACGCACCGGCCCAUAGGACGCACCUAGAUGGGGGGGGAAAUAAAGGGGGGGGAAUUAUUUCCCCCCCAGGCGCGGGGCUGGGGAAGCCUGAGCUUCCCCCAACCCCAGCCCCCAGAACAGGCAGCUCUCCGCAAGCCGUGGGAGCCCAGCGCGAAGUCGCUUUGAAUUUUUGCCCUAUUCCAAGUGUUAUGAUGAUGUCACCUAUACUUUUAAUUAUUUCACUGUAAGCUGCAGUAAUGUUUUUUAUUUGCAUUCCUGCUAUAACAGACAACAUUCAUUUUUAGUUGCAUUUAGAUGUACCUUGCAGAUGCAUAAACUGGUAUAUUUUUUGCAACUCCCUUUUAUAACUCUGAAAAUUUGUAGUGGUGGUGAAGAUUAUUCAACACUGGCAAUAUUUUAGGGAUAAAUGCAGUACUUUUUUUUUUUAGGCUGAAUGCAGUAAAAAUGAAAUGUUAAAUUUACUUCACUCUGUUCUGCAUUAAUAAUUAGUAAUACCGUUCCCUGAAUAAGCCUUGCACCAGUUUUAUUGGUUCUUAAAUCUAGUUUUCUUCUUGCGCUGUAGUAAUGGGAAUUAAAUAGAGUUCUAUUUAAAGAUGCCCUUGAAAUGUUGUGAAAACAUUCCUUACUUAUUCUAGAAAGUCACAGUGCAAUCAUGAAUCCCAGUAUAUCCACUGUAUCCUCUACAUCAGUAAUAUUCUAUACACUGGAGCUAAUUCCAGUAAGAGAGAACAAAACUGCCAACCAAUUUGUUGUUGUUGUUGUUUAGUUGUGUCCGACUCUUUGUGACCCCAUGGACCAGAGCACGCCAGGCACUCCUGUCUUCCACUGCCUCCCGCAGUUUGGUCAAACUCAUGCUGGUAGCUUUGAGAACACUAUCCAGCCAUCUCGUCCUCUGUCAUCCCCUUCUCCUUGUGCCCUCAAUCUUUCCCAACCUCAGGGUCUUUUCCAGGGAGUCUUCUCUUCUCAUAAGGUGGCCAAAGUAUUGGAGUCUCAGCUUCAGGGUCUGUCCUUCCAGUGAGCACUCAGGGCUGAUUUCCUUAAGAAUGGAGAGGUUUGAUCUUCUUGCAGUCCAUGGGACUCUCAAGAGUCUCCUCCAGCACCAUAAUUCAAAAGCAUCAAUUCUUCGGCAAGCGAAGUCAAACUCACAAUAAUAGCUGCAUCGUUCUAUGAACAUGCAGAGGUCUUCCAGCACCUGUUAUGUGAUCCCUUUUAACUGGAGAUGCCAGGAAUUGAACUCCACAUGUAAAGCAGAUGCUAUCCUACUCAGCUACAAUCCCUCCUCAAAUAAACUGAAAUCUCUGUUCCAUUUUUACUUGGACUACUCCUUUUGCAGAACUAGAGUUUUAUCAUUGUUGGUUGGGGGAACCCCGUAAUUAGCAUGUAGAGAUGUGAUUUUUCUACUCGCCCGUCACCCUGCCCCUUACGAAACAACAACAACAACAACAACAAACCAAAAACUUUGCCCAGUUUCCCUCCUUGUGCUGUAAGGGCCCCAGCAGUCUCCUUUUGCUGCUUCCAGUGUGAUUAUUUUCUGCAAGCCUGGCAUUGCGCUCUGCCAGCAAAUGGGUUUAGGAGCAAUCCUGAACUACCCAGGGAAGAAUCUCUGGCACAGCAUUUUGUGAAACAGGCAGGAUGUCAGCGUGAUCUGUGCAGAAUAAAGUGAGGACAUACUUAAAUAGUUUCAUGAAUCGUAACAGCAUGAGUGUUCAAGCCCAUGGAAGCUCUGGCGUAUUAGCGUUUACUUUAUGUGUCUGGUUAAUGAAAACCUACCUCUUUGUUGCAAAUAGUUUUCCCCUGUAACUUUGACAGCAGUUGGUGGUCUGCACUCAUGAUUAUGGUUGAAAUCACCAAAAAGGAUGUUGUUCCAAUAUAAACCUCCCCACCCCCUCCACCCCAAAAAAGUUCUUCAAAAUAUACACAUAAGAAACAAGAGUGUUGCCACUUACUGAACUCAUUCUGCAGCACAGUGUAGUUUCCUAGUACCAUUUAUGCCUGGAUCCAAUCUCGUAUCAAACAACGUGGGCCACCUCCCAACCAUUUCUGUUUUGUGGGUGGGAUUCAGCUGCACACAUGCAGAUUCAAUGGAUUCGGCAGUCUUGUAUGACCAACACGCUUCCAAAAGCCAAAACCUUUCUUUAAGUAAGGAAAGUGAUAGGAAGAUACAUUGGAAAAUGUGGGAUAAGGGUUGAAAUGACACAACCUCAUACAACCUCCCUGCAAACAAAUCAGGAUGAAUGCUCGGACUGAAUUGUCUGGAAACAACCUUAAAUAUAUUUCAUAUGCCUCAUACAGCUUGUAUCCCAUUAUGGUGGCAUAAUGUUGAGAUCAGAUAACAAACUGUAUAUAUAAUUUAAUUGAGGCCAAAAUAAUGCAUGGCACGAAGUUGUGGGGAUCUUUUGUCCAAAAGGAGCUUUGAGAGGCUCUGCUUAACCUUUCCCCUGCCAGCUGUUCUUUCUGGUCAAAAUCUCCUCUCUCUAGUUCCACCCAGACAGGAAGAAAUAUAUGAACAUGUGUUUUUCCCCCCUGUAGUGAGAAAAAAAUGCCUAGGUGAGGGGCAUUGGGAGAAAGGGUUAAGCAGAUUCUCCCCCAUUUGUUCCCUCACUAAACCUAAGGCUUCUUUAAAGCUUGGGGGUGUGGGGGAAGAAAAUACAUUUAGGGAAAGACUGAUGUAACUGCAUAUUAUACACAGUCUCAGUCUGUUUUAAAACGCUUCCGUUGUGCUUGCACAAACAUGUUUUGAAUUGUGCUUAAAAAUAUCUUAAGUGCCCAUGUCUGUCACGUAGUUAGUCAUGGUAAAACACAUGUUCCUUGUAAGCUUUGGUAGACUGUGUGUGUGUUCCGUAGGUGAUGUUAAAGUACUUGUUGAAAACAUGCCACACCUUCCUUAAGAGCGAUCCUUGUUGAACCAGAAUGGUUAAGACUCCCCCAACAAGUUAGCCAAAUAUUUCUUUUCUGAUUCACCCUUCAUUGCUAUAAAUUUCACGGAGGAAAAAAGAGCCCCCCCCUUUUAAAGCAUAAACCUUAAGAGAUCCACUAGCAUAUGUAGAACAUAUGUAGAAACGCCUGCAAAACUGUGGUUCAGAGCAUUGGGGACAAUGCUGAUACAGAGUGUGGAAAGUUCAGCCUGAAAUCUUACACCGACCAGGGUGGUUAGUCCAGAUGUGAUCCUCCAGAUGGCCCUAGCCACCAUGGCCAGUGGGAUAAUGGGAUUUGUAGUCCAACAGCAUCUGUAGGGUCACUGGUUAGCUGCCCUUGCUGUACAUAUUUACCUGGCAGUAAGACCUCUUGAACUCAGUGGGACUUAGUACAAAUUUGAGUACAAAUGCAUAGGAUCGAACCAUCGGAGUAUUUUACAGAGUGUCUACCUGACUUGUUUGCUAUAAGGCAUGAGUACCUGCUAGAAGCAUAAAGGACUAGCAGGUGAUUCAAUAACUUGAUCAUCAAUGGUGUCAUUCACUCUUCCAUCUUCAUCUGUUCGUACCUGUUGUCUAGCUUUUCAUUAGGAACUGUAACGGUUUAGUCACAUGCCUACUUAAUUAGUUCCCUUUCAAAACAUCUUUGUUCACAAAACUUGAGUAUGGUUUCUAAGGACAGACUAAGAGAACUGAGCCCGUGGGAGGCAAAGAGGAGCUGUAGGCUUGAAAGUUCUAAGAGAGAUGUUAACCACAUGAGUGGAGUCUUGCUGAAGUAGGUUUAGAGACUUAGUUCUUGUUUUCACCGGUGACCUUCUAUUGCUUAAUUAAGGAAGCCAAUAAGUGUUUGAGUGUUUUUUCUCUAUCUUUGAAGGGAAGCAGAGGGGCAGGAUACUGUUCACACAAAUGGAGCAAAGCUUCCUGGUUUUAUAUUGAGGUCACUGCCAGACAAGCUUUGGUACAAGGUUUGUGGGGAGGUUAUAUGAUAUUGGCUGCUUAUUGAGCAUCCUAAUUUGUUUGCAAGGAAGGCUAUAUAACAUCGAACCAAGCAGUUGCUGUUCCAAACUUUCCAGUUGAUUUUGAUGCUGAUUUUUUAAUAGAUAUAAAGAAAACAUUUAUCAAAAGAAUCUCCUCCUAAAUAUAUAUGCAUUGGGAAUUUAAAUUAUAUAAUUCAGAAAUAAUAAUGUAUGAAAAACAAUAGUAGACUGAUGGCCUCAAUCUGGAUGAAGGGUCAAUAAUCAUUUUAAUGAUUUUAAAAAAAAAAUACCGUUGCUUCUAAGCCUUCUUGUUUCUGCAGAGGAAGAGUUUGGUCUUCAGGAAUUGUGAACCAUGAGCUAAUAUUACCAAUUAGUAAGCUUGCCAGCUACUAGAAACUUAAGCCCAAGGGUCAUAGUGAAAUGGCAUGCCAAAGUGUUCUCAUGUUUUAUAAUCCUUACGGAACCUGAUGUCACACUGAUCUCGAACUUGCCACAUAUACCCCUUUUGAAAGCUGCCUGGCGAUUAGCUAGGUAGCUCUAAAAAUACAAUGCUUUAUAUAUGCAGCCUUUUAGCAGAGAUGUGUGUCUCAACCAUCAUAUUCUUAAAAAGGAACGAAUGCUAUUAUAAACAAGAGAGAGAGGAACUGAUUGUAGGAACCGAUUAUGUUUUGAUUGUGCCUGUGUAAAACUAGCAAGAUUUAAUAAUGAUAGACAAAAGUUUCCCUUACAUUUUCUCAUCUGCUGCUUAUUUUUCAGCUUCCUGUAAAUGUUCGUUAAUAGCACAGCGGGCAGAACUUUGUACAGCUAUGAAGAAUUAUCAACAAGCUCUUUAUGAUGCAGAGGCACUCUGCCGAAAUAAACCCCAUUGGCCUAAGGUACAAGGUUCAUAAGCUGCUAUGGGGGAGGUGGCUAACGUUUUUGUUUGCCUGUGGGUAGCAAAUAUGAAAUAACGAAAUGCAUGUAAGAAACCGUACUGUUUCCCACAAUUUUUUUGAAACUGAGAUACAUUGAGGUUUUUCUGUGUGUUAUGUUCACACAGGGUCAUUAUGUGAAAGCACAAGCUCUUUCUGGAUUAGGAAGGAUUGAAGAAGCAUUGAAGGAAUUUCUUUAUUGUGUUGCCUUAAAUCCUGAGUGGAGCUCAAUGAAAAUGGAAGCUCAGAAGGUAGGAUAACUGUACCAACUUUGCAUGUGGUCAGUGCAGGGAAUAAUAUAUGCACGGUGUGCGUUUUGUGUUUUGCUAAAGGCUUCUGAUGCACAGUUCUGCUGUUAACAGUGAGAUUGUGUGUUAGUCAUGGGUGUGGUUCUCACUGCCAUGUUAAUCAGCUCAUGAUAAUUAGCAGAGGGAUUUAUAGCUUGAGUAGCUUGAUCAUUCCAAUGAAACAAUAGCCACUGUUGCUUGUGGAUUUGCCUGCUGGUUAAAAUAAUCACGAAGACCGUGGUCUGCAGCUAAUAGCCUUUGAAACCGUAUCUAACCUGUGGAUGUCCUCCAACUAGCUUACCAACCAGUGAAGGUCUCACAUAGGCCACUACAGCUGCAGCUUUGCAGCUGAUCUCUAUACCCCCCCAUAUCCUAUAGUUCCUUCAUUUCUAGUGUAUUAUACUGUUCUGCCAAAGACCUCUAAUCAUUCACUUUACCAGAUAAAACUAUGUGCAGCCUGAUUAGCACUGGCAUUGGGCACAGCACCAGCACUGCUAACCAGAAGUUAUUUGCAAGCUGGGUUUCUUACCCAGGAGAUUCCAGCUAAACAUCAGGAAAAACUUUCUGACAGUAAGAGCUGCUCGACUGUGGAAACGUCUCCCUCGAAAGGUUGUGCACUCUCCUUCCGUGGAGGUUUUUAAAGCAGAGUUUGGAUGGCCAUCUCUCAGGGAUGCUUUAACUGAGAUUCCUGCAUUGCAGAGGAUUGGGGUUCCUUCCAGCUCUACAAAUUCCGUGAUUCUAUUAAAGUCCUGAGAAUAGGGUGAGAUUGUUUCACCCCCAAGAUCUCUCUAGCCCGAGUAACUGCAACAGCAUUUCAAAACUUGUUUCUUUUCCCCCUCUUUUUUCCUUUGUUUAGAUAAUGUGUGAGAUGUUUUUCCCAGCAUUUGAAAACGUGCACGAUAAUCUAACAACACCUUUUUGUAAUCGGACCUCGUAUACAAGGUUGAAACCUGUGUUUCUAAGUAGCAUAAACACACAGUCUUCUGGAGAAGAUGGGUCAACUGCAGAGACCUCAAAGGUAAGGCUUACAGCACGUAUGCUUCAAAAAUAAAAGUUGGGGAUCAGAAUAUCACCUCCCUAUCUGACUCUUUAUUUAGUGAGGUUUAGAAUACACCGGCAAAGUGAUUACACCAGCACUUUGGAGCAUAGUGUACAGAAGUUUCUCAGCUUUGGUCCUAGAUCAGCAAAGUCAGUAACAUGGUAGCUCACAAAGGAAGUGUUUUGCUAAUGGGAAGAGAACUAAGUGAAAGAAAUUGCCCACGAAAAGCUGAAACUGUAAAGUUUUGCAAAUUUGAGAAGUCCCAUUUAAAGCAUACUGGGGAGACUUGCAGUCUUGAGAUACAAGCCAGAGCUUGUUUGUUCCAGUAAUUAUGCAAAUAGAGCCCUGCAUGAGCCACUGUUCCACUGACUUGGAUAAUUAUCCACUUAGUCCAUUUUUAUGUAACUGGGGUAGGAGAUGAUUUAUAAGCAGCAGUUGUAAAGGUCAUGCAACAGCGGUCUGUGAAACUGUUCCUGAAUUGAAGAUGCUAUUGUUGUAUCUUUUUCAGGAGGCCACCUUGAAGCUGACUAAAAACCUGUCCCAAGAGACUGAUGCAUAUCGAAGUACAGAGUCUUCUGUUUCUCAUCAUAUACUGGACUUCUCUUUUGAAGACAACAAAAAAACUUUGGGAACGGUCCUCUCCAGUCUGCCUGGCGCAAGCUUAAAAAGAAAGUUUUCUAGUGAUGGGGAUUUACAGAGCUUGGGCGUCCCUAUCAAAAUUCCUAGAAAAGGUGUGUUUUUUGAAUGAGGAUCUCUCCUUUUCCUUGCUUUGUAAGGAAAUUCGUGCUACUCUGCUUCUGUGGUUGGUAGGUUAUUUUUCAUUAAGAGCACCUGGACAAGUUCUGCCAUGAGUAGUGUAAGUUAAAAAGUUAAAAGUUUGUAAUAUAUACACUGUUUAAUGUAAUAAGAGAAUGCUCUUGCUGUAGAAAAAGGGUCACUAACCAUGUUUUGGCAUCAGCGGGCAAGUUUUGAAUUUUGAGAAAAUGCUGUGGGCAUCAUUCACACCUGUGCCAUGAAGAUGUGGCACAAUGGCACAUAGCUGCUGUGGGGGUGUGGCAUAAUUAAAGAGAGUACAAUAAUUUGCUUCUCUGCCCCUUCCUGCCCCAGACAAUUUCUGGAAGUCAUCCAUGUCCUACUGAGCCUGUUUCCGAAAAUCUCACGAUAUUGAUUUUUCUCUCGUGCGCACAUGCAAGGAUACUGUUGUUGUCAAAUAAAAGGGAACAUUCUCCAGAACCAUAAGAAACGCGGCAGGUGGCCAUAACACACACCCCUCUCUCAUGCACAUGUACACAAUUGCUGCCCACAUACAGGUCAUGGAUACAUGCCUCUCUGUUUCACACACACACACACACACACACACACACACACACCUCUCUCACACACAACACGUGUUCAUCUCUCCCUCUCUCACACUCGGGUAUCUACAGGAAUUUUUCUCAACUUAGAGUGUGGCUCAAAGCGAAACACUGAAUAGGGGAGAGCUGGCUAAUUUUUCACAGAAAACUGAGAACAGUGGUGUUGCUACACCUCAUCUCAUAUAUCAGGGUCUUAAAAUAGUAGAAGGUGUUUGUUUUUUUAAAGAAUUUGGGGAAUUGGGGCAUUAUACACAGGCACCAGGUUGGCAACGUCUGUGGGAUGACAUGAUGUGUCACAGCAGGAAUAGGCAAACUCGGCCCUCCAGAUGUUUUGAGACUACAGUUCCCAUCAUCCCUGACCACUGGUCCUGUUAGCUAGGGAUGAUGGGAGUUGUAGUCCCAAAACAUCUGGAGGGCUGAGUUUACCUAUGCCUGUGUCACAGCUUUUGAAUUUAAUUUGAUACUUGGUGAUAAAUUUGUAGGAUUCUUUAUUUUUUUAAAAAAAAAACUUUAUUAGUUGAAAUAGUAUUUUAAUUCAUUGUCCUUUCACCCUAAGGGCCCCAAGGGCAGCUUAUAACAAUUACAGCACAAUGUUGAAAACAAUUUUAAGACAAAGCCCAAUCACAUAAAUAAGGUCGGUUGUAAAAUUAUGCAUCUUGGAAGCCAGGGUAAAGAGUGUGUCAUCGGCAUUUGCUGAAAUUUGUUUAAAGAAAAUGCCAGAUACAACUCUUUGGAGGGAGAGUUUCACUCCUAACCACCAAGGUCAUAUACAAUAAACAAUAAAGUGGGCAACAUGUGAAAUUAUACAGCCAGACCUGUGUUCCUUCUCUGGAGAGCAGUUUUGAUGCAACUCCCAGUUUACAGUAUUGUUCUUUUGCAGCAAAAACGACGAACUUGUGGCAUAUUAAAGAUGAACACAUUAGUUGUAACAUAAGCUUUCAUGGACUGGAAUUUACUUCAUCUGAUUCAACAAGUUACCCAACUUCAUUGGCUUUGUUCUGCAGCAGCUUUCAUUUGCUUUUGAUGUUUUUCAGUAAUUUCAGAUGUGAAAAAUUAAUUCAUUAUCUGUUCCUCCGGAGCUGGAGAUAGCAAUUCCAAAUGAUGUAAACGCAUUAUUUUUCUGAUAGGAAAAUGGGUGCCUUACGCUGCGCUCUUUCCAAUAUCUACUUGAGCUUGCCCUUCUCUAUAAUACUCUAAAUUCAGUAUUCCAGCAAACUCUUUGUGAAUUGUUGGUUUAGUUAGUGAAAAAGCUCUUAAUGUAGGAUGACCUUGAACAAUUAAAAUUAAUAAUAGGGCCCUUCAGUAAACCUUGCUGAUUUUCAAUGUGUGUGUGUUCUCUCUCUCUCUUUUUUAAGAUGGAGAUGCUUCUUGCGAAAAUCCCAACUCUCUUCCCUUAACAGCGAUACCCGCAAGCCUUGUGGAUGCAUCUGAUUUUGAGUGUUCCCUUUGCAUGAGGUAUUAGCAAGAAAUGGGCUAAAUGUUGUUUGGAAAAUAUUGUGUGGCAUUUUAAAGGCGGAGGAAAGAGGGAAAGAUCCUGACUUAUGUACACUAAGCUAUUUAAUUCAUAUCUAUCAAUCUAUCUACCCACGGAGGUGAGGAACUACUCAUCAGCUGGAGGGCUGGAUCUGAAAGUGGUCAACUUUCAGGCCACAUUGACAGGAUGGCCGACCUGCCAGUCACCCAAUGCCAUAAAAGACCCAGAGCUCCUGAGUGCAUCCUAUACCCACUGAAAGCAGCAUGACGGUGUAAGGUGCCAAAUUCAAGCAGUGCCAAAGAUAAAGGAUCCGUCUGGAGUGUGCUGCAGGUUCUCCUGUUGCGACAGGGGAUUUACCUUUGGGUGCUGCUCGUAUCUGGCACCUUGCCCUGCUGUGCUAAUUUUGGCAGGGAUCAGGUAUGCUUGGAAGUGACCCGGAACUCCUGAGUGUAUUCAGUCGCUGCCGAAAGCAGCACAACAAGGUGCGGUGCCAAAGGAACGUCCUAUGAAAUCGGGCGACAGGCAGGUGGGUGUGGCUCGGCUGAAAGGGCCUUGCAGGCACCUCUGCAAUUAUAAGCGAACAAGGGAGGUGUUCCUAGUGAGUUCUGGCACCUCUUUUUCUAGAAAAAUAGCACUGGUCCUCCAGAUGUUUCUUGACUCUCAGCUCCCCAUCAGCCCUAGCCAGCCGUGCCAGUGGUCAUGGAAGUUAGGUGUUGCAGUACAAAAACUUCAGGAGGGCAUCACAUUGAUUUCCUGUGGAAUAUGUGCUCUAUAGCUAUGCUCAAACUCUUUUUUAAAAACCGAGCUCUCAGUCAUAUAGCUUACGAAAUUACUUGCCUCGACAAAAGUUGUACAGUUGAAUGUACCAGAGAGUGAGUUACUGCCACUGACAUUUUGGGAGCAGCAGCAUUCAAAAUUCAUCAGGCGCCAGGUGCGCUUUGCACCUGCCCAUUGGCCACUUGCGACCAAGUGAAGAUGCCCAGGUGCCAGGAUGGCGCCUGACGUCUCCACCAUCUGGAGGUGCAUGCCUGGGGGUCCUUGGAUCUUGACUGUUUUCACACACUAAUACCACAUCCUGUAGAAUUCUAUCCAUUAUAUUUUAUCUGCAAAGUCAGAAUGAAUUUCAGGAACCCAAAAGUCGUAUUGAAAAAUACGACUUUUGAGCCGUCUGGCCCAAAAUAGCAACUAGAAUUUCUGUUUUGGCACCUGCAACCCUGGUUUAAGGAGCAAUUUGGCGUCUACCUUAUAUAUCUGAAUAUCUUAACACUGGGGAGCUGUUAUUUGUACCUCAUGAAAUCACAUAUGCCUUUAUUAAUGCAUGUGAAAAAUAUGGAGUUGUGCUUUGAACGGAAGUGUGGAGUAACCAGUUGUUUUUUCAAUGCUCACGAUCGUUCAGGUUAUUCUACGAACCUGUUGCUACUCCCUGUGGACAUACCUUCUGCCUCAAAUGCCUUGAACGUUGCCUGGACCAUAAUCCAUACUGUCCGCUUUGUAAGGAAAAGCUGUCUGAAGUAAGUAUUCCACUAUCUCCCAUGGGCUGCUUAAAUGGAAGCCUCUUGGUUGGGUAAUACUUACUGUUAGCAAAUCAGGCGUGGGGCUUGCAAAAUAAGGAAUUGGUGAUGCAGAAGUAGGUGUGUUCCAGUGAUAAAGGCCCUCAGGGUAUGCCGGAAAACUUUUGGGUGUGGGUGAAAUACCCUCCACUCAAAAUUGCAGCAGGACACAAGGCUAGGCAUGCUCAAGAGUUGCACAGCUCAGCUCAGUUUUAUUUAUAUUUAUUUUAUAUAUUUAUAUCCUUCUUUUCCCCCCAAGUUUGGGAAUCAAGGUGGCUCGCAACGUUUUUAAAGCAUCAUUAUAAAAUGCAAAGUAAUGCAAAGAGUGUGGGACUCUUAAUCUCCGGGUGGUGGGUUUGAGCUCCAUGUUUUGCAAAACAUUCCUGCAUUGCAACGGGUUGGACUAGAUGAUCCUUGAGGUCCCUUCCAACUCUAUAAAGUUGUGUGGUUCUAAACAUCUGUGAAUAGAAGUUAGGCUGAAAAGAAGCAAGGUGUUUCUUAUGUGGUACCCUUCAGCCUAAGCUCCCAGAGCGGGUUUGGAGGCCAAAGGAGAUCGAGCUGUAUGCUUUCCCCCCAAAGUUAUUGCAGGCUCCGGAAGGCUUUCCUCUUGGGGGAACAACGAGGUUUUUCAUUUGGUAUGAGGGCAAAGGGAAGGCAGGAAUCUCAUGUACACAGUCUUUAGUCCAGACACCGCUGAAGGGAUUGGGCUAUUGUGGACCUCCUGAGACUUGGAUCCACACACCCAACUCAAGAGAAGGUGUCAAAUAUUUCUGGAACUGGCCUCAUGAACACUGAGCCCGCAGGGACCUGCCACAGUCCUGCUAUGUCUGAGCUGGACUCUUCCUGGCUCCAGCUGUUGCCCACAGAGCCAGGAAACCUGGGGGAGGCAUUAGUAGAGGAGCAAAACAACAACAACCCUCUUUUGGCAGGCUCCCUACCUGUUAAUGUGAACCUCAUUUUAUAGCUGGGCAUCUCAAAGAAGCUUCGCUAGCAAGUUAUGAAUAUACUCUACAGCAGUAGUUAAACAUGAAUUAUUUCCUCCAAGGUCGUUUUUGACUACAAAAAAAAAAGGAACGUAAUUGGAAAUUUCUUUGCAGUACGGCUUUACCACAAUAAUAGAAUGGGUCCUAUUCUUUAUUUCUUUUUACAACAUCUUCUGCAGAUGCAGUAAUGAGUGCCCCCCCUUCUACUGUUUUGCUAUCCCAGGUAUCUGUCCUGGCUGUUGAAAACCAGGGUUAACCCUUCACUGCACUAUACAGGAUUGUGCCAUCUUUGGGUAUUUUGCACACACUUUUUCUUCUUUUCUUCAGACUUUAAAGCAAGGAUGGCAGAGCCUGGGACCUACAGAUGAUGUUGGAAGUCAGACUCCUGUCAGCAUAUCUAAUGAUAAGGGAUGGUAGGAGUUGCCAUCCAACAACAUCUGCAGGGCCCCCCCCCCAAACCAAUGCUUUUAAAGUAUGGAAAGGUUUGGCUAACCACACUAACUUCAUCACUAGAUUCUGCUCCUAAGCCAGCUUUGUUACUGAGUUCUUGAAUGCUUUCAUUUUUAGUUUUUGGCCGGCCGAACUUACAAGAAGACCAUCCUUACUGAAGAAUUAAUAGUUCGUUACUUGCCAGAAGAGUUGUCUGAAAGGAAGAAAGUUUACGAAGAAGAAAUGAAGGAACUGUCAAAGUAAGCAGCCUUCCUACAAAAGAGAGGAGGGCAGGGGUGAAGGAAACAAGCCUGCUAUGAUGUGUGCCUUGCUCACGAUUGUUCUGGGCUCAUGAUUUAUUUCCUUCAAACGCACCACAAGCAGUAGGCCAAGAACAAACAUGGCGUGCAGGCCUGCUCCAGUUGAUUUUAAAACUGUGGAUUAAUGUUGCAUGUGGGUGUGUCUCUGAUAGAAGGAAGGCCUAGGAAAUGGGAAAUAAUAAUGUCAACACAGCCAAGCUUAUUUCAUGGCAGGUUUCAGAAAAUAGCUUUUGGCUGCAUGUGCUGAUUUAAUACGACUCUUCGUUCUCUUACAGCCUGAAUAAAGAUGUCCCCAUCUUCGUGUGCACCAUGGCAUUCCCUACCAUUCCUUGCCCUCUUCACAUCUUUGAACCCCGCUAUCGGUUAAUGAUAAGAAGAUGUAUGGAUACUGGCACCAAGCAGUUUGGCAUGUGCUUAGCUGAUGAACUGAAAGGGUAAGCAAAGGAUUUGGAAGCAGACUUGAAAAUAUUAAAUUCCCGAAAGAGAUGCUGGUGUUAUGGAGUGUGUGUGUCUGAACCCACCUGUGUGUCCAGCGCUCAGGUGUAUUCAUACACACACUGCCAAGAACUUUUAAGGAUCUAUGGCUAGAGUUACGAUGUGUGUUUGUUAUGAAUAUGUGUUUAUCCGUAACCAUGUGCCGACAAGAAGUUCUCACCCAAAAGGAAUAAAGAAAGAUUGUUUUAUUACAUGUGUUGAAAGUGACUUGUGUGUAUUACGUGCUGACUCAGAUGACAAAACGACAAUUCAAGCAGGCGGCAAAUCCUGCAGCACAUACGCACCUUGAUCUAAAGAGUUAAAGAACUCCUAACUGUUCCCCCUCAAUAAUCUCAUGGGGAGUUGCAAAGUGCUAAGAAAAUCCAGCCAUCUGAACGUAGUCCCUGCAUUCUUCUAACACCAAUGUGUUCACCAGUCUUUCAUCAGUCACAGAAUAGGCAACCUAGUUCCACAUGCGUUGCAUCUCUCUGAUCACGUAUAUGCACAAUUUCUGCAAGAACCUUUUACAGCUUGAUUCUAGACAUGCUUAUGCAUGGAAUUGAUGAUUCCAUAUUGAAUCAAUGAGACACAUUCCUUAAGUACGCUUAGAAUUUUUAGGUAUACUUAAUACACAGGACUAAUAUGGCUCUCUUUGUCCCUUCAGGUUUGCUGAUUACGGCUGCAUGUUAGAGAUCAGGGAUGUGAAGUUUUUCCCUGACGGACGUUCAGUUGUUGACACAGUUGGUGUCCGGCGUUUCAGGGUCUUGAGCCAUGGUCAGAGAGACGGGUAUAAUACUGCAAACAUUGAAUACAUGGAAGAUAAAAAGGUAACUUGUAUAGUUUUGUGAGGCUUUUUUCUACACUUGCCUUCCAAGUAUGCAUCCUUUUAUGUAAUUAACUACAAAAUAAAUUAUGUUGGUUUUUGGGUGUCCCCCCCCCAUUAGACAACCCUAUCCCAACCUCUUAAUACUAAACUCUCUUCAUCCCUUGCCAUUUUCUCCUCCUCUACCAACCAUAGAACCUUCUUUCCCCAGUAGCUUAAGCCGUUUCCUUCCUCUCGCCUGCUCUGCAUAUUGGUCCACUAACAUUAGGAAAUUUAAUAUUUGAUUACUUUGAAUCGAAACACUAUGCUCAACAAGUUUUGAAGAGACAGCAUCAUACCAAGCUUCACAAUGACUGGAAGCAUUUUCCUGGAGAUGUUUAUAACUUUAUUUGUAGCAUUCCUAGUUGUACAUGCCUUGCACAGCCUGAAAAAUAUAUUGAGUGAGAAAACAUGAGUUUAUAGCAGCAGCAGUUUGGGGAAACAAGCAACAUGAGAAAUUGGAAUUUCACUAAAAUUGGUGGUUAUAGGUGCUGCUAGGAGUAUUUAGUGGACAAAUGUAAGACUGGCAUAUAUAAUCUGCCUGUAAUUUGUAUCAUGCCUCUUAAAUAGUGGUGCUCUGCUUUAGAUUGAUGAUAAGGCAUUAGAAAGCUCUAUAUUGGAUCACGCAUUGCUCAAGCAUGCUUUGGUCACUGGUGCUUAAUCCUGUUAAUUUCUGCAACUGGUUUCUCCAGCAGCGCAGCGUAAAGUUGUUCUCAGAUGGAAGGAACAGAUGAAGGCAAAGAGAAUAGGAUAUCAUUCUGAUCUUGAAGGUUAAAAUAACUUGAGCUACUGUGUUGAGUUUUGGGCAGAAUACUAGAAAUAGAUCUUUUAUUACAUGCAGAGCAAGAGUUGGCAGCAGAAAAAAAUCAUUUGUUCAAAUAUACUCAAAUUACAACUUGUCUCGUAAGGGUCUUUUACAAGUAUAUUUGCCUAAUAUCCACUCUGCAAAGAGACUUAACUCACAUCCUCCACAUCAGUCAUGGACAUCGGGGAGAAUACAGAUGACUGUUUAGCAAGUGGCUUCUCAAACAGCGUGCAUAUAUAUAAUCAUUCGCUGUUGAUUGCCAUCUUUCCAUCCUUCAAAAGGAGGAUUGGAAGUUUACCAGACCUGAGGUUACUAAUCUGCAACACGAUUGUGUAAAUAAUUGAAAGCACAUACACACAUUAUUCACUGUAUCAGAAGGACACUAAUGCAGCGCUAAACCAUGAGAAUACCAGGCUUUGGAAAUGCUUGAGGCGACAAGGUGUUGGUCCCUCCCAGAAUCUGGUAGAAUUCCACUUUUUAGUUCGCACGUUCCGCUACCUCAAAAUAUGGCAGAACUUUCUUUUGUAUCAAGGGCGCCAUUUUGAUUCCCAUGCGAAUGUCUGGACAAAAGCUUCGCCAUAAAACAGUGGCUCGAGAAGUUUCCACGUGAAGCAAAUGUGUGUAAAAUUGUACGCUUGUGCUUCAUGCACUUUGUUGAACUCUCUGCUCGUCACUUUCCAUCCUUCCCCUAAGAAGGUUGUCUUUGUGGAUGACUGUCCCUUUUAAAUACAGUGAAAUCCUCUUAAUGCGGAAGCCACAUUGAGUCAAGGAGGUUUGAUCUGCCUUAAGAAUAGCACCCAAAUGCAUGAAGGCUAUGGGAGGGCUCGCUGCUGUCAGACCCAUUGCGCUGUUGGAAGCAGUCACUGAGUUUAAGGCUCUAUGAGGGGAGAUAGCAAGUUAGGCCCUUCUGCUCAGUGGUAGAGAUGGAAGUUUUGACUUUUUAGGUGGCUGCCACAAGUUUCCAGUACAAAGAAAUUGCUUCCCCAUGCUAGCAGGCCUUGGGGAAUACAGUCAUACCUCGUGUUGCAUUAGGUUCAUGUUGCGUCUUUUCGGCUUGUGAACGCGGCAAACCCAGAAGUGUAUACUUCUGGGUUUUGCCGCGCGUGUGUGCACAGAAGCGUUCUGCGUGCUUCGCACAUGCGCAGAAGCGGUGCUCCAGUUACAGGCUUUUCGGGGUGCGAACGGCACCCCGGAACAGAUCGAGUCCGUAACUAGAGGUACCACUGUAAUGUUCUUCCUUGAAUAAUUGUGGAGGAGCCACUCAUUUCAGUCAGAAAGCUUCUUCUGUAUGACUGCUUCUAUAAGGUGUGGGUGUCAUGCUUCCGUUACGAUGGUUUUUGAAUUAUAUUUAGUUUAUUGUAUUGUGCUGCGUGGUUUGCUGUUAAUCUAUUUUUUUUGGGGGGGGGUUGCAGAUGCUUGUUUUAUUGCAUUGAUUUUAAUCAUCUGAUUUGGAAUAUUUUUUACUGUUAUUGUUGAAGUAUGGUGGGGCUUAUUUUUUUACAGUUGUUUUUAAUGUUUCAUUCAUUUUGGAAAAAAAUAUACCGUAUUUUUCGCCCUAUAGGACGCACCGGCCCAUAGGACGCACUUAUUUGGGGGGGGGGGGAAUAAAGGGGAAAAAAUUAUUUUUCCCCCCCCCGAGCCCCAAAGAGCAAAGAAGCCAUGACAGCGAGCGGGAUGGAUCCCGCUCACUGUCCUGGCUUCGUUUUUAGCCUCGGGGCUGGGGGUCCAGGAGAGAAGGCGAGGUUGCGCAACCUCGCCAUCGCUCCCGGAGCUUGCUUGCGGGGCUGGGGGCGGGGGAAGCCCAAGCUUCCCCCAUCCCCAGCCCCCAGAAUGGGUCCGGGAGCGAUAGCAAGGUUUUGCAACCUCGCCAUCGCUCCCGGAGCUUGCUUGCGUCGCUGGGGGCGGGGGAAGCCCGAGCUUCCUCCGUCCCCAGCCCCCAGAACAGGCUGUUGCCCGCAAGCCUUGCGAGCCUGGGGGGAACUCCCCCCGGGCGUGCAAGGCUUGCGGACACCUGCACGAAGCACGGGGCGUCCUCCGUGCUUCGGGCUCAGGCUGCCGCCCACAAGCCUUGCGAGCCCGCGGGAACUCCCGCCGGGCUCGCAAGGCUUGCAGAUAGCUUCCUGAAGCCUGGAGAGGGAGAGGGGUCGGUGCGCACCGACGCCUCUCGCUCUCCAGGCUUCAGCAAAAGCCUGCGUUCGCCCCAUAGGACGCACACACAUUUCCCCUUCAUUUUUGAAGGGGAAAAAGUGCGUCCUAUAGGGCGAAAAAUACGGUAUACCCUUAAUGAAAAAUCUACACACAUCAAUUAAUAUAAGGUGAUCAAUAAUACACAGAUAAAAACCAACAUUUUAAAAACAUGCAUACAUAAUAGUGAUCUGUGUCUGGAUAGGUUUGCUGAAUUAAAAGUUUUAGCUGGCUUCUCAAAAAGUAUAGAAAGAGUUCCUGUCUAACGUUUAAGAUAUACAUAUAUAUUUAUAACCUAUGUUUUAAAUUGUUUUUAAAAACAAUUUAUAUUGGUCUUUAAACAAAUACAAUUAGCGUUAAACACAUAUCCAGUGGUACAUCUGAUGGUGUUCGCUUUAUCCAUUGUCUCUAGACAUACAUUUACACAUUCAACAUUCAGACGAAAAGUUCUCUAAAACAGUUAGUAUAAAAAACCCCAAAUGAGAUGAACACCUUUACCACCCAAAGGAUCUCUGUUUUGCUUUUGAAGGAGAAAGUUUGUGGCCCUUGUGAUUGCAAAGCAAGUGUUGGUGGGUUUUUUACACAAACUUAUUGCAGUUUCUGCCACACGCUUAGGGGACAGAAUGGGUCUGAGUAGAGCUUUCAGGGAGUACACCUUCUCUAGGCUACACUGUCCUCUGUCCCAGUGCCCAUUUUAGCGCAAAAAUCAAGUUACUGUGCCCCAAGUCAUUUUGAAAGUGGCUUAAAUGUUUAGGCGGCACUUUAAGGCCUUAACCACACUUACCCUUUGCUCCGUUUUUUCCAGGUACAGGUCCACACUUUCCUGGUCUGUGUCCAAGUGCUCUCCCCCCCCACCCCGAUCUUUACCAGUUAAAACCCACUCUUUAAAGCUGAAUUGGAGCAAAUGGCUAUUCAGAUUUCCCCUGGGUUGCCUUUGGCUCCAAUUCAGCUUUAAAGAGUGGGGUUUUGCGGGGGAAGUUCUGAAGCCAAAAAAGGGGGGGCACUCGGACACAGAGCUUUAAAGCACGGACCGUGCCCCGGAAAGUAAGUGUAGAUAAACCCUAAUUCAUAUUAUCUGCCUUGUUUUUGUUACACUGCAAAUGAGAGAAACGUGACUUUGAAUCCCUUUUUGCACAUUGUGUAGGUUGAAGGGGCAGAGUAUGAAGAACUUGUCCGCCUUCAUGAUUCAGUCUAUGAUCAAGCUGUCGCCUGGUUUACUUCUCUUAAAGACAACAUGAAAGCGCAAAUUCUGAACCACUUUGGGUCCAUGCCAGGGAAGGAGCCUGAGCCACAGGUAAGUGCUAUACAUACCUCAAGUCUCCAUUUGAAGAGAUGUUUGUGGGUCAGAACGUCUAAGAGCACGGAGUAGGGGAUACUUUCCAUCGACUUUUGCAGGGGGGUGGACCAUAAGUUCCCUUCACCCUUCCUCUGAAAGGGUGGGGAAAUUCCUGGAGACCAAUCCUGCAGACCAAAGCUUGCUGCUUGAAAGUGUGGAGCAGCAGGGCCCAGGAAAUGUGCAGUAUAGGGAUAGGGUCCAUGCAAACCACAUCCCUAGGCCCCAACAAAGGAGUAUAAACCUAAUAGACAUCCAGUGAUGAUACUGCAGUGUGAGUAGAACAAAAUAUGCUAUUUUACACCGACACAUACACACCCCGUCCCUAGAACAACAGCAGAAUUCUCAGAGCUGAAAUUUGUAAGAAGUUCAAUUUACUAAAUUGAGAAAGGGUCAAAGAUAGGAGCGUGCAGAGUACGUUUUUCACCAGGGGCUAAGUAUGCAUUAUAUGCAAAUGUGUAUUAGAACCAACCUCCUUUCUUUAAAAAAGAAUUUUGAGAAGAAGAAAUUUGGAAUGUAGAGACAGCAGGGGGAGUGCUUAACCCCCACCGCCCACCUCUUGCCGCUGCCAAAUUGCUCCCUGGCUGUUUUUCCCUCUACAAGGUUCCAGCACACAUUUAUGAGGCAGUUACGAUGAGAAAACCUGCUACUUCUCUCUGCUCCAAAUACCUCCUCCCAAAACUGUUUUUCUGCCAAAAAAAAAAAGAUAUAUUAGAGGGGGAAGGGCUCUAAUUCAUGCUGUUGUUCAAGUUGGGGGAAGUGUUACAGGUAAUCCACCGUUAGAUUUUUCAAAAGAAAGAGAGAGAGAGAGAGACACUGUCCUUCUGCCCUAAAAAUACAUAUAUUGGUAGCUAGUUGCUAUACUAAACUGUGGUCUAUGCUCACUUGCUUCUGGGAGUAAAACAACAACCACCACCUUUAAAAACAUCUAGUUAAAUUGCUGCCACCAAUAAAUCUUGCACGUUUGGAUUACCACCCCAGGGAGAAUCCAUUAAGAUGUUAAAUCCUCAUUUGUGUCAUAAUUACAUUUGGACUUGCUCACAUAGACUGAUAACUCAUUUUAACAGACAGACAUCGGGGCAAAUUUUGUACGGGCUUCAGUUUAGCUUUGUUUCCUUGGUCUGUUUUUGUGCAUUAGCCUUUUCUGAGAUUAUAAACCAAUCAUUUUGUGCUAGUACAGGGUGAAAGUACAGCCUUAUCAGUAACACGGGGCUGUUCUAUCGAAACAGUUACAGAGAUCUUCCUUUGACAAUUGCACUUGAGAGACCACAUAGUGAGUGGUUGGUGUGUGUGUGGAAAACACUCUCUGGAAAUUUUAGAAAGGAGCAAAUCUGCAUGAAUGAUCAGUGUUGUUCCUAGUUCAGCUUUUAGCGCUCAAAACUGCUUAAAGCCAGAAUGGAAAAAGCAAUUCUCAUUAAAGGAAAAAUCUCCACCCAUGUUAUUCUUCCUAUUUCAUCAACAAAGAUUGUGGGAUGGCCUCAAGAUGUCCAUUCCUAUAAUGCCAACUGUAUGAUUUCACAUGGGCUUACAACCUAAACAUGGUAGUGGAUGACUUAGAUGUAUAUUCAAUCUCUUUAAACAAAUACACAUUCUCUCUCUCUCUCUCUCUUUCUCUCUAACUAGCAUGAUAAACACCAGUAUUACAACAGACCAAAGGUUAUUGUCAUACUGUACCUUUGUUUGUUCCUAUUCUGUGCCAAUUAUUUUUAGCCAGGUAUAAUUUUGUCUUGACAGAGAUCAAGCUAGAAAUAGAAAUAGUUUCAGAAAAGAGAGUGCUCUUUUGGUUUUGGGCCGACUCCCUGUUAUAGUACUGUUUUCUCCAAAAGAUGGGUCGGUGAGAGGAAGAGAGGGUCUGUUCUCACUGUCAGUCGCCUGAGGAUUUUGCAGAAUGCAGUAUUUUGGAUCACCCUAUAAAUAGUAAGACAUUUUAGUGCAGAGGGUUGUUGUUUAGAUUUUUCUAUAAAUAUUAAGCACGUUAAAGAUGUAUUGUUUUGUUGUUCCCUUUGCAGAGCAACCCAAGUGGUCCAGCUUGGUACUGGUGGCUGUUGGCAGUAUUGCCACUGGAGAACAGGGCCCAAUUGGCCAUUCUUGCCAUGACUUCACUUAAAGAUCGUCUUAUCGCCAUACGGCGCGUAUUAAUAUUUGUGACACGCAAAAGACCUAGAUGACACAUCCUCAUUUGUGAACAGACACUGAAAACAAAUGGUUGUGAAUACUCCUAAGUAUUCUCAAGAGACCGACACAUUCUUCCCUUCCAAUGAAACUGAUUUGCUCAUCUAAGCACUCACAAUUUUUUAUUUUUUGCACACACUCUGCCCAGUAGUUAACCAAGCAUUCUGUGCCUCUUGUCCUGGAGAAAUCUGAGCCUCUUAGAAGUUGCGCCACAAUCGCAGCAUAGCCGAUCGCUGCAGGCAACAACUUGGAAUCGCUACUUGCAACCAACUGUCCAUUUUAUCACCGGGGGGGGGGGGGAGACAGCUGAGUCACAAGCCCUGAGAUGCCCCUGAAGCCCCAAACAGCCAUUUUGAAUUCUACACAGCAGAACUCGGAACAAACAGUGGAUUAGAAACUGAAAAGAAACUUUGAAAAACAAUUCUUAGAGGUUGCCAGUUGAAGGGAAAUCCCCCCAAAAUAUCCUCCAGAGGAAGAAUGCACAAGACAACAAGUGUUAAAUGAACAGGGGGCAGUCUUUUCGUCUGUAGCAUAUUGACAAAAUGAUUGAUCUGUGAAGCAAAAUGUGUUUUCCUGGACGUUCGCCUUGCAAGACAGUGUUUGACCAAAAGAGUAGCUGGUGACAGCACUGCGGCUGAUCAACCCUCCCUGUCUUUGUAACUUGCAUGCUGUGUGUAAUGGGAAAUAGUGUUUCGAUAUAUGUAUAGGAUGGUCGGGUUCCCCUAAACCGCCCCCCCCUUCCUACAAAUAGAAAAAAAGAAUAACCUCAGGUGACCCGCAUUACAAUAUGGAAAAAAGUUACUUAUGGAUAGCCUGUUGUCAGUGGUUGUGACUUAGAUAUCGGUACGCAUGAGGAUCCUGCAGGCUCCCGUGCCGGAUGGAAUUCCCUGUGUGCGCGGGAUGCUUUUUUUUGCUGCCAUUGGAGCCACUUGAGCAUGCUGAGCUUCAUUGCUGGAUCAUGGCCAGCAUUUCUAGCAUAUGUACAUAUAUACUUGGUUCAAGCAGUUCUGUGGUAAUCUCUCAAAAGGCCGCUGAGAUAUAGAAUUGCCAUUUCAAAUUACCCUUCCAUGCUCAUUCUGUAAGUAUAACUCAGAACAGGUAAGAUCCAGUUUCCACCUAUAUUUUCAACAGCCAUGCCAGCCUAACCUGUUAUACUGGAACAAUGUUUGUUAGCACAUUUUUUUUUAACCAAAAGGUUAAUAUUAUUACUCGUUAUGUACCGACCACUGUCUGUGCUUGGAGUCUUGGUCCUCAGUGACAACUUUGAGAGGAGGCACAUACUGAAAUCUGUAAAGGCAAAUUUCAAUGCAAGCUUAAACCAGGUGUUAACCUUCAAUUAGUUGUUGGUUCUGUAAAUAUAGCUGUAUUUUGAUGUCUCAGUACGUAUUGUUAAUAAUUUUUUUUUAAUUUUUUUUUAAAAAGAGGUCUGUCAGCCUGUUGGAAAGAAAUUUUUAGCAGUGAACGUGAAGCUGCAAAAGCACUGUUGCAAACUGCUGAACUCUCCAAAUUGUAGAAAACAAUUGCGUUAACAGCUUGGGAGAAAUAACACCGGUUCAAAUCUCGGAAUGCCGUGUGAACUGAAGACACAGGUUCACGUGCAAAUAAGACAGGAAGGUGAAAAUAGUGGCAAUACCAAAAUAUUUCAGAAGUGCCUCCUCCUUAAAUUACAAAGUGUGUUCUCUUUUGAUGAAGGUGUGAACACUUGCAUGUGAAUUCAGGAAGCAAUAUCAUCUAAAAGGUGAUUGACUGCAUUAUCCGUACCGUAACUGUAGUCCGAGUGGUAUUAGAUGAUUGGCAGAAGUAUCUAGUCAGAAGUUGCCAGUAGCAGUUGCCUAGGAACUGAUCAACACACACCCUGAAUGUACUGUAGUUGCCUCUACCUUGAAUUCGCCUUUUGUAGUAAAGUAAUGACCUGUGACUACACUUUUAAUUGUAAACUGCAUAACUUGCAACCAAUGAUCUAAUAAUCUCUACCAUAGCCUUCCUGCAAGUUCUGCUACCUUCUACCAGAGCUGUGUUUAUAUUUCCUUCAAGAGAGCUAGCAUUAAGCUAGAGAAAGGACCGUCUUGGUGAAUUUUCCCUUCGAUCUGCUCCCUGGGUGCUAUCAUACUUUCCGAAACACAUCUGUCUUCCUGUAAACCCCCUGAACAUUAGAAGCUUCCAAGGUAUCUAGUAAAAAAAAUAAAAAUCCCUUCAAAAUGUGCCCUCGUUAAUUUUUGGCAGGGAACUUGGACAAUCUUCAUGAUUUCUCACAGUACCUUUGUGCUUGCUUAAAGGUUGUUUCAUAUAUUUUCCCUCCUUGUCUCGUUUUCUGUUAAUAUCUGAAGUUACACGGCAGUUGAACAUAAACAGGAAACUUAUUUUGUUCUGCUGAUUUACUGUUUCAGCACUUUCCAUGUUUAAAUUCUGUUCUCUGCAGCACCGCUGAUAUUCUUAUUUGGUGUUUUGUUUUGGUUGGAGGACUUUUCUGGCAGAAUUCAACAUGGUACACUUAGCCCUUGAAAUUAAAGGUCAGGUUGUCUGCUCUUUUAAUAAUCAACGUCUGUCAAGUGAGCAGACGCAUUAAUUGAAAAACAUGACGAAAGCCAACAUUUUAAAAAUGGGUUUUUUUUAAUUUCUCUUAGGCUGAUUGGUCUGGCAGCCUAAGAGAAGUAGGGCUUAGGGUAUCUAUGGUCUGAAAAGCUUUGCAGAAAAAUGUUCCAGGCAUGUUUAUUGAUUAUGAUAAGGAGGAGAAGGCAUUCCGUUCUCCCCUCUAAACAAACAUGCAAAAACCUGUUUUCCAUUACAAGCCUGCUGUGUAAGGCUUCCAUAUAAAAAAAAUAGAUUUUGUAAGUGAAAUUAAAUCUUCUUUUUUUAAAAAAAAAAAUUCACGGGUCAUACCAGUUGUUUGCUUUUGUGGCCUUUUAUCUACUGCUUUCGAAAUCUCCUUUCUUCUUUUCAGUCACUGAGAUUGCUUUGUGAUUCCAGUGAGCUGAUAAUCAGCAGAUUUCUGCUCCUUUGGCUUGUUGCUGUAGUUAAUUUCAAAGAGAAUCAAUGGCAGAGGGUGUUCAGAAAGCUGUAUGCGUAAGUCAUGCAGUGUCAUACAUAGCUGAAGGCCUGGUGUUUGGUAGCGCCUUAAUUUUGCAGCUCUGGAAUGAUUGUAUCAACAAAGCACCCACAAAAACCAGAUCUUGGAGCUUGUGACCAGUUGUUUUUUUUUUAAAGAAAACGUAUUUUAUGUAGAUAAAACUUGAAACAAAAUCCUUAUCUGUUUUGAAGCUAGUUGAAGAAAAGUGUGUAUGUCUACGUGUGUGUGAGUGUGGGUGUAUGUGUAUAUAUGUACAAAUAUAAAUUAUUAAUCGCAUUUUUGUACUUGGUUAAAAAGAAAAUGAAAGACAGAUAUGUGUUACAACUAUGUUUGGCACUUCUUGUUAUAUGAAACAAAAGCCAAACCCCUUUUUUAAAAUAAAAAUAAAAAAUUGCUGCAAUGUUCAUUUCAUGUAUAUUUGGAAUAUUCAUGGGGAAAUGUAUUUAUGUGAUAUUUGGAAUAAAUAAAUUCUGUUCAAAAGUG